GCCGACGCGUCUCCACCUCGGCCGCCUCGGCUGCUGUGCGCGGUGCGUGUACGCCUCUGUGCGAGCUUCUGGUUCCCAAGCGCGAUGCGGCCCGGUGCAUCAGCAUCCCUGCGGUCCCUGCGGUCCCCGCUCCGCGCCGCCACCAUCCUCGGGCCAGUUCUGCUCAGCAUGUCUCUCACGCCGCAAGGUGACGCCGCGUGCCCCAACAUCAUCUCCCGGCAGCUGUGGGGCGCCUCGCCGUCCGCGGCGGUGCACUACAUCACGACCCCCGUGCCCGACGUCAUCGUGGGCCACACGGCGGGGCCGCGCUGCGGCAGCGAGACGGCCUGCGCCAGGGAGGUGCACAGCAUCCAGCAGCAGCACAAGGACCUCGGCUUCGGCGACAUCGGCUACGGUUUCCUCAUCGGCGGCGAUGCGGGCUACGUCUUCCAGGGCCGCGGCUGGCACCAGCGCGGCGCCCACACCUACGGCUACAACAACAAGUCCAUCGGCGUCGCCUUCCUGGGCGACUACUCUGAUGCCGGCGCGUCCACCAGGCAGAUGAACGCCCUCCGGGACCUGCUCCAGUGCGGCGUGCAGCUCGGCGAACUUCCGGACGACGUCCGGGUCUACGGCCAGCGGCAGGUCCAGCGCACCGAGAGCCCCGGGCUCGCCCUGUACCAGCAGCUGCAGGAGCUGCCGCAGUGGGUGGAGGUGCCCUGAGCCACGCCGGGCACCGCACCGCACGCCCGGCCACGCCACAGUGGGCCAGAAGACCGGUGCAGGCGGCCAAAGCUCCAGACGAGUUUUGAGCUCCAGAGUCGCUAAGGGGGGCUCGAACUGAACGUGUGACAAUGGAUUCUUCGUUCGUAGAGCAAUCCAUUGGUGGGGUCACACGUUCGGAUUGAGUCCCAUUUAGAGACUCUGGAUCAGUGUGCUGCUUCAUUAAUGUGCGGCCGUGACCAGUGCCACCACUGCACAGCACUCCGGCCACGCGUUGCAGGAGCGGUUCGGGGUCCUGGAGACCCACAUCCGACCUCGCAGUGUAGCGCAGCGUAGCGACCUCUUCGGGCGUGUCGGGCCGUGUCUUUCUAGUCCGUGUCUGAUUAUUGUUAUCUGACGGGCCAGUAAAAUGGGCCAUCUUCGAGACCGCAGCUUAAAUACUUCUGCAUUUCGUAUCCAAGACCAUGACAUGUGUGGACACUUUUUGUUUGAUUUGUCGAGACGAAUCCAUUUCUGUGAAGCAAAGUCUGCGGACAGUUUUGAAAAUUCAAUGUCACCCUCACCGUUUCUGAGGACUCAAGUUUCGAUUCCGCGCUAAAACGCCGCGGAUCCUUUUCCCUCUCGAUGUCUGCGGUUCGGAGCUCUCAGGGACUACAGCGGAUUCUGAUACUCGAAUGUCUGCAUUUUGGCGGGAAACACGAACUGGCAGACAUCGCGCUGCAGAGUUGCGUCGUCUCAUUCCGAACAGUGUCGCUGCGUCUCUCUCGCACCUCCUCGCGACGCCCCCUUAGAGAGAGAGAGAGAGAGAGAGAGAGAGAGAGAGAGAGAGAGAGAGAGAGAGAGAGCGACGAAAGCGUCGUUCGGAAUCAGCCAGCUGAAUGGCGCGAGUUGCCGCGAAUGCACGGCCAGUGCACGGACGGCGCACGGACGGGACGGCCGGCCGUGGCCCUGAACCCAACACCGAGCCGCUUGUGGCGCGGCGUGCCGCUCUCAGUGGGUGAAGGUGGCUCAGCCUUGGCGCAGCACUGCAGGCUUCUUUGGUACUUACAACCAAGUAACGGUCAAGACGAAGGGGCUCAAUCACUGCUCGAUUGGCUUUUUGUUCGAAACACGAGUACGGCUUUGGUUCGUGUUUUACGAUCCGACUUCUGUCCGAUGUGUGCACGCUUAAAACCUGUACGAUUCAUUUUGAGCAUACAUAAUACAAACUAAUUUACUUUGUUACAGAAAGAAAUGGUUCGCAAAUUACGAAGUAUUUCCUAAGCUUAUGUAUGCUCAAAAUACUUUGUUAUAACAAGCUGUUUUUAUUUGUAAGGCCUAAAAUAGUUUGGAAGGUUUUCUCAGUAUGUUUAUGAUGAUUAAAAAAAUUCAGUUU